CAGCCAUCCAUCCAUCCAUCUAUCCAGCCAGCCAGCCAGCCACCUAGCUAGCCAGUGUGCGUGUGCUUCAUGUCGAGUCUCCUAGGCGUGGUAACUCCGGUGGCGGUUCUACUGCACGUCUUCAUCUCAGGCACAUGUGGACAACAGGUGAAGGUCUACGGGAUUCAAGCGGAUAUCUGGAAGCCUCCGAGGAAAGAUGUUUUUCUUCGGUAUAACAUCACUCAGAAGGAAGAGGUGCGGAACACGAGGGAGGUAACGGUGUGUUUCAGGGCAAAGUCGACGUCCCUUACUCACAUCGAACCUUACUUCUCCUUCGCUGAGUCUGAGGACAACGUGGAUGCCCUUGUCGUGAUGAGAAUCGAGGACAAGAUUGACCUUUACGUGACGGACGUGGCGCAGGACAAGAUAUCGCCGCUGUACACCGACCUAGCGAUGGACCGCUGGGAGCACCAGUGCCACGUGUUCUCCCGGGGCUUCUACAGGGCAUUCAUCGACGGGGAGGAGCGGGCCAGCGGGGAUCUCACCAACAAGGAGGUGCUGCUGCCUCUGAGGGCCGCCUUCUGUCCCGGGAUGGAGCAGGAUACCGUGGGCGGAGGCUUCGACAACACGCAGGUGUUCCGGGGCCACAUGGCGCAGAUCAACAUUUGGGACAAGCCGCUGGACCCGAUGGAGAUCCGCGACAUCGCCUCCUGUCGGAUAUACGGCGAGGGCAAUGUGUUCUCCUCCGACGUGGAUGUCAUGGAGGAAAUCGGUACCACGUCUGAGAUGGUGCCCCUGUCUGACCUCUGUCUGCCCAGCGAGAACUUCUUCAUCCUGCCCUCCAUGCAGACUGUGUUCGAGGGCAUAGACUCCUGCUACAGGAUGGGUUACGCCCUGUACGUGCCGGGGUCACUGAGGGACAAUGAACGCCUGUACAACUCGUCGCUGCAGUUCCUGAACGUGUGCACCAACCCGUACGUAUUGUGGCUGGGCGUGCUGGACGAGGAGGAGGAAGACGUGUGGCGCAGGGUGGUGGACAAUGAAAUAGUGGAGACACAGUUCGCUCCGGGUCAACCAGACGGCAAGAGAAUCCAGAACUGCGCGUACAUGUCCAGCGUGUCGGGACAGUGGAGCGACGAGCAGUGCGACCUCAAGGUGCUGUCGUGCAUCCCGUGCAUCCCCCGCCAGCACCCGCCGCUCAGCCUCAGGGGCCUCUGCUUCAGGAUGAAGGCUGAGACAGCCUUUGAGAUCCUGGGCUACGUGAACGCCCGCCCCUACUUCCAUGGCUUCUACGGCUAUAUGAUCUUCAUGUCGGGACCCGCCACCUGGGACCUGUUCGACGUCAACUCCAACAAGACUCUGGCCACCGCCAAGCUGAGUUCCGUCAGUGACUACCCGAUAGGACGCAAGAGCUGGAUAGUCCAGAGCACACUAUGUGACAUCCCCAAGGACACUCGCAUCGUCCUGAGUCUGUCCUACUGCCUCGACUCUCAGUUCACGUGUGCCAACGGUGACUGCAUCAGUAAGGAGCAGCGAUGCAACUCCCAGGAUGACUGCGCAGACUUUUCAGACGAGAACGAGUGUUACCUGGUGCAGCUCCCCAGCAGCUACCGCGUGGGCAGGCCGCCCGAGUCUCUGAUAGAGGGCGAGCCCACCAGACUGAUCUCCAGGGUGCGCAUCUUGAGGUUCCACGACAUCAGCGACGUGCGGCGGAGCAUCAGUCUUGAGUUCAUGCUCAUCAUCACGUGGAAGGACGCCAGGCUCAAGUUUUUCAACCUGAAAGAUACGAGGGAGUGGAACAAGCUGGCUGACAGCGAGAUGGAGUCCAUUUGGCGGCCACAGCUGGAGUUCCCCAGCGCCCAGGACGGCAACAGCAGAUUGCUCAAGCAGGAACUCUUCCUCAACAAGGGCAGUGACCCGCUGCCCGCUGAGUUCAACGACAUCAAGAUGGAGGCCGUGUACUCAGGUGAAUCCACGUCGCUAAUUCAAGAACAGCAUUACAGCGGGACCUUUGCCUGCCACUUCGACGUGUUCUACUACCCCUUCGAUAAGCAAAAGUGCUCCGUGCUGAUCAAGUUGGCGUCAGUCAGGCAGGAGAACGUAUCCUUCGUGCAAGACGAGGCGGUGGCGGAGUACUUUGGCCUGGAGGAGCUGCCUCUCUACGUGGUGAGGAACUUCCGAUCAACGGUCACCUACAUCGGGGACAACCAGACUCGCUACAGCACGCUUUCGGUUGACUUCGAACUGACGCGUCGCUGGACUGUGAUCAUGAUGAACCUCUACUUUCCCACCAACAUGCUGCUGGCCACGGGAUAUGCCACGCUCUUCCUCAACGUGCAUGACCAAGGGGACCGCCUCACCCUCAGCCUGACCACUUUGCUCGUGCUGUACACCCUUUUCAACAACAGCUCCAGCUCGCUCCCCAUCACCGCCUACGUAAAGAUGGUAGACAUGUGGUUCCUGUAUUGCAUCUCUCUCCUCUUCGUCAUCAUCGUCUGCCACACAUUAGCGGGAUACAAGGUCAACCAGGUCCAUCCCGCGGGCGACCUGAGGAACAAGGGCAGCAUGGUCAAUAACUUCGUGUCCCAGGCGUCGUCGCGUUUCUCCCCCGAGAAGGUGCUGGCCACGACGCGGGUGUGGGUGGUGCCGCCCAUCGUGCUGGUGUUCAAUGCGGCGUACUGGGCCUCACUGGUGCCCUCCCUGUCCAAGUGAUGGCUCGAUGUCACCAGUAGAGGGCACAGACAGCGGGUGUUUUGCUUGAUAUCUUCGGUUUAAAUGACAGCGGUGGUAGGCAAUGCUGCAUUAUGCUAUUUUAAAGUUUAGAUGGUCAUAUUUAUGUUUCUUUGACGGUUUAGAUGACAUACGCAGGGACCAUACAUAGGGGGCGUGAUUACUAGGCACACGUAGAGUGACACUUUAGUUUGGUUCACUUCCCAGACUCCACAGACUUCAGGAGUAUAGGAAUUCAUAUUAUCAGGGAAUUCACUUUCACUCGCCACGAGUUUUGUGAGCGUCCCUCUGGCGGUGAUCAGAGGCAACGGGUGACUAGGAUAAAAUGUCCACCAGUAUAUGUAAUAGUUUCACUGUAAUUAGUUAAUGCAGAGCAUUAUAAUCAAACAAGCUUAAGUAGGAAGGACGUAAAGGUCUGAUACUGUUUGUCAUCCCUUGUCGUAAAAUUUGGAAAUGUUUGUAGUACACGAUAUUGAACAAAGACAGCGGCACAAAGAGUGUUGCAGCUCAGAGGAGCUCUCGCUCGCGUCAUAAACAAAAUAUGUACACACAUGCAUUCAUUUUACACGUGAAGAGAAAGCGUCACACGCGAGUAAUUAAACUACAAGAGACUCAGGAAAAGUUUAGUUAUUAAGAACCGCUUCAUCAGCGAGGCAACAUGAGUGAAGGACAGGAUAGACGUACCUGGAAAAGAGCUCCACUAUUCUUUCUGUCACAGGUGCACGAACCACGUAAUAUUGGCGGUGAGUGAGACUGAAAGACGAUCUUUGGUUUAUUUCUAAUCUCGCUGCGCACGUUAGAUGUUGAAAGACGAAGGUGAAUAUUGUACUCUACCUAAAUAGAAACACAGUAGGUAUUAGAAACGAUUAUUUUGCAUCUUUCGGCUGAAUCCCUAUCAGAUGUUGAAGAUGGGCGUUAAUGUUGUACGUAGCAGCAUAAGUAGAUAAAUAUUGU